AUGUCCGGAAAUCAGUCCUCCAACCAGAAUCAUAGAGGAAAGGACAAUUGGCGAUCAUCGCGAGACGCGCGCAAACGAUCCGCAUCACCCAGACUAGCAAGGGACUCUCGCCAGCAUUCUACAUCCCCAAGAGCAAGUAGGAACACACGUCGUCCUUCAUCUCCUGACCCGAACAAACGUUCACGGCAGGAUUUUCGAAGCGGCGCAAGCGGAAACUCCCUAUCCGCUUGCGCAGUGUGUUUGGGAAGGCACCCUCACCGAAUUGUCGAGUGCAAAGCGACCAAGACAUGGGACAAUUCAUCAGAUACCCUCUGUACUCGCAUCAGCAAAGUCCUCACCAUGCGGGAUGGGCGACCAAUCUGCAGCGACUGGCAAAGGGUUACCGGAUGCAACGACAGCUCGCACGACAGACAUCAUUUCUGUUCUGGAUGUGCUGCCUCCACUCACGGAGUGCAAACUUGCACUCGAGCACAGAAAGCAUAG